AAGAACAAAACAGAUCAUUAUUGUACAAGCACAAAACAGAGCAUUUACAAAUAAUACCAAGAACACAACAUUAAACAUGGAAAACUCUCGAUCACCUUCGAUCAUCUUCUUUGCUUACACAACAAUCGUAUUGAUCGGUUCCAUCAACUGCAGACACAACAACAACAAUCUGGUAACAAACCAAUCCGCUUUGUUCGUGUUUGGAGAUUCUGUGUUUGAUGCUGGAAACAACAACUACAUCGAUACUCUUCCCAGUUUCCGGUCUAAUUACUGGCCAUACGGCCAAAACACUUUCAAAUUCCCUACUGGAAGAGUCUCCGACGGACGUACAAUUCCUGAUUUUAUUGCGGAGUACGCAUGGUUACCGUUGAUCCCACCAUAUCUACAACCAAGUAACGGUCAAAAUCAAUUUACCUAUGGAGUUAGUUUUGCUUCCGCCGGUGCCGGAGCUUUAGCCGGAACCUUUCCCGGAAUGUUAGGAGAAGCAGAAGGGAAGAGUGUUAUUGCAAGAGCAGUUUAUCUGUUUCAUAUUGGAGUCAACGAUUAUCAAUAUCCAUUCUCUACAAACUCUUCCGUUUUCCAAUCCAAUCCUGGAGAGAUAUACGUCGAUUUUGUUGUCGGUAACACGACGGCCGUGAUCAAGGAAGUUUAUAAAAUUGGAGGAAGGAAGUUUGGGUUCUUGAACAUGGGAGCGUAUGAUUGUGCACCAGCCUCAUUGAUUAUAGACCAAACAAAAAUAGGAUCUUGUUUUAAGCCGGUCACCGAGCUGAUCAAUCUGCACAACGAGAAGCUUCGGGAUGGUUUGAGGCGGCUAGAGCGUGAACUACCGGGAUUCAAAUACGCUCUUCAUGACUAUCACACUUCCUUAUCCGAACGAAUGAAAAAUCCUUCGAAAUACGGGUUUAAGGAGGGGAAGCAGGCAUGCUGUGGAACCGGACCAUUGAGGGGAAUCAAUACAUGUGGAGGCCGAAUGGGAGUAUCUCAAAGUUACGAGUUAUGCGAAAACGUUACAGAUUACUUGUUCUUUGAUCCUUUUCAUUUGACUGAGAAAGUUCAUCAACAAAUUGCAGAGCUGAUUUGGAGCGGAUCGACCAACGUCACCGAACCUUAUAAUCUCAAAGCGCUAUUUGAACUUCAUUAUCAUUAAGCUCAAUCACCCGUUGCAUCUUGCUUUUCAUGUUUUUAUUGCGUGUGUGUUUUAUUUGUCAUAAUGAUUGAUUAAUCUUUGCUAUAAUAAUAAUAAGAAUCGAAU